GUGGCGUUGCAGAUUCUAAAAUGUUUGCCACGGAUCUCUGCUCGGCUAGAUGUUGGCCAAGUGUUCGACGGGCGUGCAACAGGGAUUCACACUAACGAGAGCUUGGUGGCUCGUACUGCCCAGGUGGGGGAUCGUACUCUGAUCAAACGUAGUAUCAUUGGAUCUGGAUGUGUUGUGGGUGAAAAAUCAAACAUUCAAGGAAGUGUCAUCAUGGGAGGAUCGACGAUAGGCAAAGGAGCAAAGAUCACACAGUGCAUCAUCUGCCGAGGCGCGGUGAUCGGUGACAACGCAGAGCUCACAAGUGUUAUUGUGACAAGGGAUCAGCGUGUCAGUGCUAAU